AUGUUGGCAGUUAAUGUUCUUCUGGUUACUUCCGUUCCUGUUGCAGGGUCAUUUGGUCCUUCUUCUACACUGGCCCGAGGUCUUGAAGUGGCCUCUCCCUCUCCCUUCACGCCCGCUGAAGCAUUACGGUCUGUGGGCGGCUCUGUAGCUGACCUGGGGCCUGUGGGCGGCUCUGUAUCUGACCUGGGGCCUGUGGGCGGCUCUGUAGCUGACCUGGGGCCUGUGGGCGGCUCUGUAGCUGACCUGGGGCCUGUGGGCGGCUCUGUAGCUGACCUGGGGCCUGUGGGCGGCUCUGUAGCUGACCUGGGGCCUGUGGGCGGCUCUGUAGCUGACCUGGGGCCUGUGGGCGGCUCUGUAGCUGACCUGGGGCCUGUGGGCGCCUCUGUAGGUGACCUGGGGCCUGUGGGCGGCUCUGUAGCUGACCUGGGGCCUGUGGGCGGCUCUACAGCUGCGCCGGGGCCUGUGGGCGGCUCUGUAGCUGACCUGGGGCCUGUGGGCGGCUCUACAGCUGGGCCGGGGCCUGUGGGCGGCUCUGUAGGUGACCUGGGGCCUGUGGGCGGCUCUGUAGCUGACCUGGGGCCUGUGGGCGGCUCUGUAGGUGACCUGGGGCCUGUGGGCGGCUCUGUAGCUGACCUGGGGCCUGUGGGCGGCUCUGUAGGUGACCUGGGGCCUGUGGGCGGCUCUGUAGGUGACCUGGGGCCUGUGGGCGACUCUGUAGGUGACCUGGGGCCUGUGGGCGGCUCUGUAGCUGACCUGGGGCCUGUGGGCGGCUCUGUAGGUGACCUGGGGCCUGUGGGCGGCUCUGUAGGUGACCUGGGGCCUGUGGGCGGCUCUGUAGCUGACCUGGGGCCUGUGGGCGGCUCUGUAGGUGACCUGGGGCCUGUGGGCGGCUCUGUAGCUGACCUGGGGCCUGUGGGCGGCUCUGUAGGUGACCUGGGGCCUGUGGGCGGCUCUGUAGCUGACCUGGGGCCUGUGGGCGGCUCUGUAGGUGACCUGGGGCCUGUGGGCGGCUCUGUAGCUGACCUGGGGCCUGUGGGCGGCUCUACAGCUGCGCCGGGGCCUGUGGGCGGCUCUGUAGCUGACCUGGGGCCUGUGGGCGGCUCUACAGCUGGGCCGGGGCCUGUGGGCGGCUCUGUAGCUGACCUGGGGCCUGUGGGCGGCUCUACAGCUGGGCCGGGGCCUGUGGGCGGCUCUAUAGCUGACCUGGGGCCUGUGGGCGGCUCUACAGCUGGGCCGGGGCGUGUGGGCGGCUCUGUAGCUGACCUGGGGCCUGUGGGCGGCUCUACAGCUGGGCUGGGGCCUGUGGGCGGCUCUAUAGCUGACCUGGGGCCUGUGGGCGGCUCUACAGCUGGGCCGGGGCCUGUGGGCGGCUCUAUAGCUGACCUGGGGCCUGGGGGUGGCUCUGUAGGUGACCUGGGGCCUGUGGGCGGCUCUACAGCUGGGCCGGGGCCUGUGGGCGGCUCUAUAGCUGACCUGGGGCCUGUGGGUGGCUCUAUAGCUGACCUGGGGCCUGUGGGCGGCUCUACAGCUGGGCCGGGGCCUGUGGGCGGCUCUAUAGCUGACCUGGGGCCUGUGGGCGGCUCUACAGCUGGGCCGGGGCCUGUGGGCGACUCUAUAGCUGACCUGGGGCCUGUGGGCGGCUCUGUAGCUGACCUGUGGAUGGUGGGCGGCUCUACAGCUGGGCCGGGGCCGUUGUGCUCUGCAGCAGAGAGUUUGGGGAAUCACUAUUCCUCUAAAAUAUAUGGAAGUGCCUUGGGUCGCCCCUAG